AUGGAUGUCCUCACCGUUCGCGAGGCCGUUCGGUUUGCCCGUGACUGGUGUUUGUCUGGCAAGGGCCCAAUCAUCUUGGAGGCGGAGACAUACCGUUACCACGGGCAUAGUAUGAGCGACCCUGGAACGAGCUAUCGGACACGUGAGGAAGUGCAGGCUAUGCGUCGUCUCCGUGAUCCCAUCACUCUGUUCCAGAAGCGCAUUACCGAAUCACAGCUGGUCACUGAUGAGGAAAUCAAGAAUUUAGAGAAGGAAAUUCGCAAAGAAGUGGAUGAAGCUGCCGAACGGUGUCUCGCUGAUCCAAGUCCCGAACCCAUCGAUGGUUUCUGUAGUCCGUUAGUCCAAACUCCGCCCGGUUUCCGUUUCCGUGGGUGCGACAUCCUGACUUGGUACACACCAAAUUGA